UGCUGUCAGUCAAAGAGACGCCCCGCCCCCGGGCUCAUACUGCGGACCUCCCCGGGACCAGAACCCAACACUCCGCCGGAUUAUUAAUAUUCAUCCAUUAUAGAUUAGUUUGUGAUCAGGUGAUAUCGGUUUGAUUAGUCGGAGGGGAUGUCCCGGCUGCUGGAAAGCAGGAGACAGGACAGGAUGAAGGAAAUCAACCUGAAGAAUAAGGAGAAGGAGCGUUUAAAGGAGCGGGAGAAAGAGGCGCGAGAGAGGGAGGCCAGGUCCAGCAACGGUCACCUGUUCACCUCCCUGACUGUGUCCUCCACCACCCUGUGCUCCUCCUGCAACAGGAGCAUCACGGCCAAGGAGGCGCUUAGCUGUCCAGCCUGUAAUGUCACCAUCCACAACCGCUGCAGAGACAGUCUGGCUAGCUGUGCCAAGAUGAAACAGAGGCAACAGAAACUUGCACUGGUGAGAAACAGUUCAGCUCUGCAGAACGUCGCCUUGCGCACCAAAACUCCGAUGAUGAAGGAGCGUCCCAGUUCGGCCAUCUAUCCCUCAGACAGCCUCCGUCAGUCCCUGCUCGGGUCCAGACGGGUCCGCUCUGGCCUCUCGCUCGCCAAGAGCGUCUCCACCAAUAACAUUGCGGGUGUCAGUGAGGACUCUGUUGGUCUCAGGAGGAUUCUGUCUCAGUCCACUGAGUCUUUGAACUUCAGGAGCAGAACUUUGUCCAUGGAGUCUCUGACUGAUGAUGGAGAGUGGUGGUGGAGCCCCCUGCUGGAGGAGCUGCAGGUGGAGGGCAGCUGUGUUCAGGCUGACAGCUGGAGCCUCGUCGUGGAACCAAACUUCCUUCAGACGCUUCACAAAGACCUCAUCAAGCAACAGGAUGUUAUCUACGAGCUGAUCCAGACGGAGUUCCACCACGUGCGGACCCUGCGCAUCAUGGAGGGCGUGUACCGGCGGGGGAUGCUGGAGGAGGUGAUGCUGGAGGCGGGCGUAGUUCACACCAUCUUCCCCUGUCUGGACCAGAUGCUGGAGUGGCACUCCAGCUUCCUGUCGGAGCUGCUGAACAGGAGGAAGGAGGGUCUGAUGGAGGGCAGCUCCACCAACUUCACCGUCCGCAGGAUUGGCAACCUGCUGCUCAGACAGUUUUCAGGACAGUCUGCAGACGACAUGAAGAAACUUUACUCUGAGUUCUGCAGCCGGCACCCAAAAGCUGUAAAACUCUACAAAGAAGUUUUAACUCGAGACCGACGACUGCAGCAGUUCAUCAGGCGUGCCUGUCGUGGUCCUCUGCUGCGUCGUCAUGGCGUUCAGGAGUGCAUCCUGCUGGUGACACAGCGACUCACAAAGUAUCCCGUCCUCAUCCAGCGAAUCCUUGACCACACUAAAGGCUGCGAGGAGGAGGCGCAGGCGCUGAGCCGAGCACUGCUCCUCCUGAAGGAGCUGAUCAGCUCGGUGGACAAAGAAGUGCUGGAGUUGGACCGAACCAGGAGGCUGCAGGAGAUUCAGGCCCGUCUGGAUCCCCGGGCCCAGGCAGAGGUCCAGGGAGGAGGAGUGUUCAGAGGAGGAGAGCUGCUGAGGAGGAGGCUCCUCCAUGAGGGGACACUCCUCUGGAAGGUCCAGGGCUCCAGGAUGAAAGAUGUGCAGGUCCUCCUGAUGUCAGACAUCCUGGUUUUCCUUCAGGAGAAAGAUCAGAAGUUCACUUUUGCAUCACUGGACAAGUCUCCAGUGGUCUCUCUGAAUAACCUGAUCGUCAGAGACAUAGCCAAUCAGGAGCGAGGGAUGUAUCUGAUCAGUGCCUCCACCCCUCCAGAGAUGUAUGAGCUGUAUGCUUCAUCCAAAGGGGACCGAAAGACCUGGAUGAGCCGCAUCCAGCAGACUGCUCUCAGUUGCCCGUCCAGAGAGGAGUUUCCUCUCAUUGAGACUGAAGACAAAGCUUUACUGCGAAGACUCAGAGCUGACAUCCAGCAGAAGGACAGGGAGGUGCUAGAGCUCCUGCAGGAGCGAGUCACUCUGUUUUCUGACCUGGUGGAGGCGACCGGAAGAGGAGAAGACGAAGGAGAUGUGGAACUCAGCACCCCUUCCUCCAGCGCCUCCCUCUCCUCUUCUUGCAGGAACCUGUUCAGAGCGGACACUCCUCACGCUCCUCAGGCUGAGCCACUUCUUACCACCUCCAUUGCAGAAGUGGACAGACUGACAGAGCUGCUGCUGGACUCCAACAUCCAGAAAUCCACCGUAACCAACGGCAACCAGGAGCUGAGCAAUGGUGACCCGGCUUCUCUGAAUGGCUCCUUUGAGAACAGCAGCUCCUCAAAGGACAGAAACGGUAACCAGCUGCAGGAACGAACUCUAAAUGAGGACAUCCGUCAGCGAUUGGUCAAUCUGAGCACGCAGCUUCAUGCCCUGCAGGCUGCUGUGAUUCGUCAGGACUCGAUCCUGGAGCUGUUUGUCAGAACAGGCCACGCCCCCUCCUCCACAUCAUGCAGAGCACCUGGGGCCCGCCUCAGUCGGUCCAUGUCGCGGGACACCGGGCUGGAUGCCGGCAGCGAAGCUGUGCUGCUGCGGCGACAGGUGGAGCUGCUGCAGGACGAAGUGACACGACUGCGCCUGAGAGGAGACGAGCCAACCAAAGAGCGUGUGGAGCCAGGCAACAAGAACAUGAGUAAUGGGGAGAUCAGUGAUGUCAUCAGGGGAGAACAGCAGGUGAGCAGGAGGCGUGGCAGCAGGGACCCAGAGCCCCGCCCUCUUGCCCCUUUGGCCAGCCAGGAUCCAGACGACCAAUUAGACGGCGUCCAGGAAGGAAAUGAGGAGGAAGAGGAGGAGGUGAUGAGGAUGUCUCCUCGCUCUGACAGCCCCAGAGACCUGCAGGACAUCCCAGAGGAGAGCGAGUGUGGAGCUGAUCCCAGUUAACAUCACACCUCCACCUGCUGAUGUCACUGUGACUUCACUGUCAGACUUUUAAGUUGGAGCUGGAGAUGAUAUCAUUUCCUGUUUUACUGAGGAGUUUUAGACCAAAUCAGAUAUCAACUGUUGACCUUUUGUUCCUGAAUUGUUUUCUGAAUGUUGCUGUUAGGUUAGAAAUGGGAAGUAUAACCAUGUGACCUGUUUACAUAAUCAUGUUGGCUGGAGCCACGCCCCCCACACGCCGGAGUGGGUGGGGUAUGGGAUUGGGAGGCGUGGUUUAAAUAGAUUCAGGAUUUAUUUUAUAUGGCUGGAUAGAGUUUCUGUCUGAUUCAUGUUAAUGGUCACCACACUACAUUACCCAGAAUGCCGUUGGAUAAGAACAGCUGCAGUCUCCUCCUGCUGUGUUCGGUUCAGGUGCUGUAAAACGAGGUGUGUUAUUCCCACGCAGGCUGACCCGACUGUCGACUGUUCACUUUUAUUCUGUUAUAAUGUGUGUUGCAAACACAAAUUUCUUCUUCUGAGAGAGACGGACAGCCUCAGUAUAAACUGUAUUUAUAUGAUAAUUUAUGACAAGUAGUUUAACAUUAGACUAAACAUGAGAUUAUGUAGGAUCAGAAUAGUCAGAUAAACUAAUCUGUGUUUCUGUCAUGUGUGAAACCAAAAACCAAAACUUUCAAUUGAGGGGAAAAAAGUUUACAGAAAUUUUCUCUCAUGACUUCAGCCCCCCCAAAAAGGGACUCGGCAAAAAGUUUAGUACACGACCUCCAUCAGCCUGACAGGAAGAUUUUAGGGGGCUUGGGGGGCUGGGUUAGAGUCUGGGGGGUUGGGGGGUGGGGCUGGAUUAUAUAUUCUUAAAUUUAAGUAGAUCAGUGGUGUUUUAAAGGAGCAGGAAGCUGUCGCGUUGAAACAUUUCAUCACUGCUGAAGAGUUCCUGUCUGUUAGCAUGUUAGCAUGUUAGCAUGUCUCUGUUGUACAUGUGUAGACCCUGAACGUAUUUCGUCUUACUGGUUGGUUUAAACCGAUCGGCUUGUUUAAGGAUGUUUUUAUGGAGUUGCUGAACGUGUUGACUCGAUUCUGAUGUUAUUUUAACCAACACACUUUGGUCUGCAGAGCAGAACCUUAUUGGCAGCCUGAUGUUUGACAGACAAAAUGAGUUCAGUGUGAACGUCUCCGUUCAGCUGCAGAGCAACAAGCUUCAUUAGGAAACGGAGACGAACUGAAUGCUGUGUUAGAGACCCUCACAAUAUUUAAUGAGGAAGCUCUUCAGUUAAAGAUCACAUGAUACAAAACACAACAGCACAAACAAGUGCAGCAGAGGUUUACAUUUCUACAUUUACACCGCUGAAGAUGUUGUGCUGUUAGAAACUUCAAAAUAUCAAUUUCAAAAACAAACUAAAUAGCAGUUUUUUACUGUACGUUGAUAAAAAUGUGGAUUACCUGUAACACAAUUUAGAACAAUGAUGAGUUUGUCGAUUUGUUUGUUAUCGUCGAUUGUUUGAGCUGUGUUUGUAUCAACUUGUAUCAUGUCAUCUUUUCUGAUCUUCAGUCAGAAAUGUUUCCUUCAUCAGUUUAACUGGAGAGAAAACUCUAGUUUUUCACUAUGAAAUGGCUUGAAUCAGCGUUAAUAGAUGACACACUGGUCCAGGAUCAGUUCUUCAGACAGGUGACAGCAGUCCGAGGUUCAGACUGAGCUCAGAUUUAUUUAAACUGAUCUGGAGUCAGAAAGGCGGCAGCAGCAGCUUCUUACUGUAGUUUUAGAUAUACUGGACUGAAGUUUGUGUCUGUAUAAAGAUCUGAUCAGAAAACUGUAAAUGAUGUUUGUUGUAAGUUUAUUGUGUUUGUGUGCACAUUAUAAUAAUAAUCAGCUGGAGAAAAUGUUGCUGAUUUUAUUGAAAUCAUAAAAUACUUCAUGUUUAACUCUG